GUUGUUAGCCAGAAGCAGCAGCAGCAGUUCAUUGUGAGAGAUUUGCUCUGUAUUUACUGUCGGGACAAUAUACUGAAUGGAAUGACAGAUUCGAGCAAACGUGGACCGAGUGGCUUUUUACAGGUUGAAAACAGGUUGAGCAGGUUGUGUGUCAAGAAGCGUUUGGUUUGAUUAAAGGCUGAAAACAUGACCAGCUUUAUGAGCAGAGUCUGGUGUAAGGUGGAGUCGACCGGUCGUCAGCUGCCGAUCGUCCUGAACGCCGUGUUGGUGUUCUCCAUCACCGCAGAGGUUAGUUAUCUGGUGCUGGUCGAGGCUCCCUUUGAACCGGAGCAGAAGAAGUCCGACUGGUCCACUAUUUGGACUGGCUUGCAUCUCUUCGCCCAGUACUUCAUGCUGGGAAACAUAACCUGGAACGCCUCGCUGUUCGUGAAAACCAACCCCAGUAUUCGCGGAGUGUUUCUUGGAGGAGAUACUUUGGGCCAAGGUUGGAGGUACUGUUACAACUGUGAGACACACACUCCUCCACGAUGCUCGCACUGCUAUGACUGUAACGUGUGUGUACUGCGGCGCGAUCACCACUGUGUGUUUUUUGGCCAGUGCGUCGGCUUUCACAAUUACCGGUAUUUCCUGACCUGUCUGCUCUUCAUGUGGGCAGGGCUGCUCUAUGCAGUUGUCAUGAACGCUGAAGUCUUCAUUUUCAUCCUAAAGGAGGGCGUGACGUUUCACAGUGUCAUGCUUUUACUCGUGCCCUGGAUAAUGCUCGUCUCUGGACAGGUGACUACACGAGCCUUUGCUUUUGCAUUUAUUGCUGACACUUGUGUCGUGGGUUUCCUGCUGGUCGCUGCCUUCCUCUUUUUCCACGUGGCUCUGAUGCUGAGAGGACAGACCACCCGCGAGUGGUACUCAACCCGACGGCCGUACAGCCUGGGAACCAUGGCCAACAUCAGGGAAUGCCUUGGCAAGAACUGGUACUUCUGCUGGCUCUGUCCGUUGAUACCUUCCCCACUGCCUGGAGACGGCAUAAACUUCAAGGUGACCGCUUCUCUUGAGCCUAAAAAGCAGGCCGUGCACUGAUGCUGUAGCUGUUUUCUCAAUGCAAUUUCAAUACACUGAUGCAGAAUGGCAUGCUGUUGAGCCUGAAGCAGCGACUGCAUGCUGCGCUCACUCCAAAACUUACCAACCCUCUUUUUAUCCGAAAAACCAGCAGGACAUGAAGAAUUCUGAUUUCACCUAACAAAUGCCUUUCCUCAUUGCAGCAUCUUUGAUGAUUUAUUGUUGAUAAUUUGGUGGAUGAGAAAUAUAUAAUUUAAAAAAUUUUAUUGUUUUAUUUUGUAUAUUUAGUUGUUGUUGUUUUUUUCUGUGCUGUCUUUGCUUUUGUAAAGCAAGCAUUUUUGGAACGGGAAAAAUCACUUUUUUUAUUUUUAUUGAUGUGCCAAAAAUGGGUUUAUUCAAAUGUUAAAGUGGUGUAUGCCAAGCCGUCAUGUAUUUUCCUUGUUUUAAUUAAACAAGAAGUGUCUUUUUGUUUAAUAUUGCACUGAAUAUUGUUUACCAUUGGUCUGAUUUUUAUAUUUGCUAUAAAUGCCCGAUUAUUCUUCUGUCUUUAAAAUAAAUGCCUUUUGGUUUUAUA